AUGAUUGCUUCCCUCGGAAAACCGAGAGAAGAGAUUCCGUACGAAAAUCGCAAGAAUUUGGCUCCUGGUUUGAAAGGUUAUUAUGUUCAUAGACUUUUAGUAAACGCUGUAGCAAUGUGGGCUUCACCUCGUUAUGCUUGUUAUAUUUUCAUGAUGUUAGAUGAACUAUAUAAAGCAGAACGUGGAGAGAUGGAAAAGAAACUUCAAGCAAAAGAUGAAGUCAUUGAAUCCAAAGACAAAAGCAUACAGAAAAGAAUACCGCGUUCAGUACCAAAAGGAAAGGAAAAGAGUUAUAAGUAUAUGAUAUAUACUGAAGAGUUGGAGAAAGAAGAAGACAGAGAUAUGGUUAUGUUGCAUUUAGUCAGAAGAAACAACAAAAGCUUUUAUGACCUUGCUAAGAUUUACAAAUCUGACAGAAACUGGUUCUAUCGUGAAAACUUACCAAUUUCAAUGACACUGAAUGAGCAAAUAAAGGAAAUUGUCAAAAAUACUCUUCCUCAAACACACUAUGACAUCAAAGGUUGCACAAUACUUACAUUCAAAGAAGACUUAACAUUACUGAAGGAAAAAAUAACAGAAUAUUUCGAUAACUUCAAAGAGGAAGAAUAA